GCAGAGGCCUACGCUGCCUCCAGCAGCUUCUAUCCCGCCUGGGUGGGCGUUCUAUCCGGGACAAGGGUGGAUUCAGUAUCAAUGGCAACCAGCUAGUUCAGCCCCUUCCUUUCCUGUGGGCCUCACGCCGAUGGUUGUUUCAUCUGCUGAAGCGUUUCAAGGACCUUCUGCUCAGCAGCCAGGGGGAAUGCCGCCCCCCUUUGCAGCCCAACAGCCAGCUACAACAGCAGCAGCCCCACCCCCGCAAAUCCCUCUACGGCAGCAAGUAGGCCAGCUAAACAAUGCACCCCCCCCACCAACCCCUCCCCCUUUCAAACCAACCUUUGAUGGGAAUCCACACCACCUGGCUUACUUUCUCAGCAGAAUUGAGGCUUACGCUGAACAAUAUAGACAUCUAUACCCAUCAGAAAGAAGCCUAAUCAACGCCAUCUCAGAUGGAAUGAAUGUGGGGCUAGCUUCAGAGCGGAUAGCACAGCUAUACAAUGAACAUGCACCAGAACUGAAUAAUGUUCACGAAGUUAUAACACUGCUUCGCAACCGGUUUCAAGAUGACCUAAUUGCAGAAUGUGAAACCAUCUUAAAAACAAUGAAACAGGGCAACAAGCCGCUCAAACAAUUUGUAUGGGAUUUCAGAAGAGUUGCUGGCAAUCUUAGACAUUGGCCAGAAGCCAUUGUUCUUCAUUACUUCAAAGACGCGAUUGAUCAAAACAUCAGAAAAGCCUGCUCCACCAGAGGAAUCCCAGAACAAACGAAUGCCUGGUACAACGUGUCCAUUGCUCUGGACAGAGAAUUCAACCCCCUCCAAACCCAAUCACCAACUACAGCUCCACAAAGACCACCUACAAGAUCCUCCCCCUCCAGACCAACCACACCCUCCACCUUUCAACCUUCAACAAUAAUCAAAUGCUACCGUUGUGGGAAACUAGGUCAUCGGGCGUCAGUUUGCCUAGCCCCAACACCCCUCCCACAGUAUCGACCACCAACUGCUACCCGACCACGCAAACCCCCUCGAAAGAAUCCUAAUACCAGUCGCUUCGCGAAGCAAGCCACAGACCUCCUCACUGACCUUCCAUCGUCCAAUUCGCCUGCCGACGACUCAACCCAACCAGAAAACGACCCAAUGGAUAUAGUUUCUUUUCCAAGAGGGGACGCCUGUCAGGCCUGGAAACCAUAUUAAACUUUAGGUUUCCAGACGCUGCCACAUUUUUAUCUUGAGGGGAGGAGGGGGGGUUGAGGGGUAUGGUAACAUUCUUCAAGCGGUCAAGGUCGGAUGGCGUUCACGUCUGCAGGAAGAGUGGCAAGAAGUUACUCGAAUGAACUGGAAGAACGUGGGACCGUGUGAUCAUCAGAGGGGUCAGGGGGGUGGGACUAUUGGGGUUUGUAUAACUGGGGAAACGAAUCCGGAACUUCAGUUUUGGGAAUUGCACUCAUCGUGUGCCAGUCUCCUCAUGCUAGUAAAGGACUCUGAGAAAAAGAAAAAAUGCCUCUGAGUCUCUUUUACGCAGAAGAGGUAUUUCUGGAACCUUGUCACACACAAACUUCUGUGAUGGCAGGGUGCAAAGUGCAAACUAACGAAAGCUGGUUUUUUGUAAUGCUUGUUUCUUUUUUUCAGCCGCCAGACUCUCCUGAUCUUUCCCUCUCCAAUGUGACAGCACUGGGCUCCAAGGAGGGAGACCUUAUGUGGUCAUGCGUGUGUGCGCACACACACACACACACGCUAGGGUCGGAGAGGUGAGCUGAGAGUCAUGCAGAGAUCCGUCAGGCACAGAAGCAACAACAGGGGAAGGAGAUCCAAAUGGGAAGCCUCUGCCCAUUUAAAAAAAGAAAACCCUGGGGAGCUUCCCUUUUUGUCCACCUUUCCCUCCGUUGCCUCCAUGCCUGAUGCUAAAAGGGAAAUUCUGCUUCUUCACCCCACCUGCAAUGCCAGAACCCGCAGGCCACUUUGCCUUCCACGUCCCCCACAGACCCUGUGCAAUCUCCUACCGCCCAUGCAUGACAUGCUGGCAGGCUAAAGUGGCCAGGGUCUGAGGCCCUCUCCUUCCCACCUCUUCCUCCCUCCAUGCACAGGUAGAGGCAUUGGCAGAGGGAGAAAUUUGCUUUCCCACAUGGCGGCAUCGUAGUCUCAGGGAAAGGCCAACGAACGGAGCAUGGAGGUCCCGGUGCAGGUGUAGCACUGAUUUACUUCCAGGCACCAGCCAUCCGAGCCGUUCCGUGACCAGCCUUAGAUCUGUGUCCGAGCCUUGGUCCCGCCCCCUGGCUCAGAGCGUGAGACGGCUGGUGUCCUGGGUGAAGGGCAGUGCUCAGUCCCUAGGAACGCCAGGCCCUGCGUGCUCGCUGCCUCCUGUGCUCACACCCAGGGGGCUGGGCCGAGAUGGCGCCACAGAUCUAAGGCUGGGCGAGGUUUGGCCCGAAGGCAAAUCGCACCUGGUCAACCUGGGCCAAACCAAGGCAUCACAGGCCGAUCCUUUAAUGUUUCCAGGGCAGCCCCAAGGGUCAGAUGAAACCAUCUUGUAGGUCGGAUUCAGCCCGCGGGCCUUGACUUUUUAUUAUUAUUAUUAUUAUUUAUUAGAUUUUUAUACCGCCCUUCUCCCGAAGGACUCAGGGCGGUGUACAGCCAAUAUAAAACAAUAACAAUGUAGAGUUAAAACAGAGAAUUAAAAAACUUAUUCAAUAAUUGGCCAAAAUAUUUAAAAUGUUUAAACUUAAAAACCCUUAAAAUUCAUAUAAAUUACAACCCCAGUUAAAAUUAAUAUUUAAAAAUUAAAAAUUAAGAAUUUAAAAAGUUUAAGCCAGUCCUGCUCGAAUGAAUAAAUGCGUUUUCAGUUCGCGGCAGAAGGUCCGAAGGUCAGGCAAUUGACGCAAACUAGAGGGGAGUUCGUUCCAAAGGGUCGGAGCCCCCACAGAGAACGAUCUUCCCCUGGGGGUCACCAGCCGACAUUGCUUGGCGGACGUCACCCUGAGAAGUCCCUCUCUGUGCAAGCGUACGGGUCGGUAGGAGGCAUGAGGUAACAGCAGGCAGUCCCGUAAGUACCCAGGCCCUAAGCCAUGGAGCGCUUUAAAGGUAGUAACCAGAACCUUAAAGUGCACCCGAAAGACCACAGGCAGCCAGUGCAGUCUGCGCAGGAGCGGUGUUACAUGUUACUUUGACACCCCUCGUCCAGAUUGAGGGAAAGUUUUGGAUUGGUGGUGGUGGUUGUUUUUUGAAUAUAUGUUUGAUUGGUACAUUUUUCUUUUAAAAACAUAAAAAGUUCCAUGUCUAUCUGAACAGCGUGUUGUUGUUGUUAUUGUUACUUGCGAAGUCGUGUUCGACCCAUCGUGACCCCAUUGACAAGGUUCCUCCAGGCCUUCCUGUCCUCUACCAUCCUCUUAAUGGACUUAAAGGAGUCCAUUUAAGCUCACGCCUACUGCUUCAGUGACUCCAUCCAGCCACCUCAUUCUCUGUCAUCUCCUUCUUUUGCCCUCAAUCUUUCCCAGCAUUAGGCUCUUCUCCAGUGAGUCCUUCCUUCUCAUUAGGUGGCCAAAGUAUUUGAGUUUCACCUUCAGGAUCUGGCCUUCUAAAGAGCAGUCUGAAUUGAUCUCCUCUAGGACUGACUGGUUUGAUCGCCUUGCAGUCCAAGGAACUCGCAGGAGUCUUCUCCAGCACCAUAGUUCAAAGCAGGGGUGAAAUGUAAAAUUUGUUACUAUCGGUUCUGUGGG